AUGUCAAGUAGGUUUAAAGGAUCGACGGCUGCAAGAUUCGUCAAAAACUCAAAUUCAAAUUCAAAUGCCACUUCUAAAAGUAAUUCAAACCCAUAUCAAAGAAAUAAUAUAUCCACUUCAUAUGCUCAAUCAGCGCAACAAAUAAUACAAACAGCUAAAGUUAAUGAUAUUGAUAAUAUGAUGGGCUUUGAAAGAUAUAUACCUCCACAAUUUGGCGGUAAAAUCGAUAGUCAAAAUCUAGAUCAUGUACCUGGUCGUGUGGGUUGGCUAACUAAUAUGCAUCCAGUGACUUUGCCACAAGAAGUAAUUUCUGGGGGCCAAACCAAAAGCUCUACAAAUAAUAUGAACUCUGGCGGUAUUGCUGGUGUUGAUUUCUACUUCUUAGAUGAAGAAGGUGGGAGCUUUAAAGCAACUAUAAAUUAUGACCCUUAUUUUUUUGUAAUUUGUAACGAUGUUACAAGAAUUAAUGAAAUGGAAGAGUUCUUGAAAAAAUUUUUAGAAACGUGUCUAAAAAGUAUUGAAAUUAUAACGAAAGAAGAUUUAUCAUUAGAUAAUCAUUUGGUAGGUUUAAAGAGAACACUUUUAAAAUUAAAUUUCGUCAAUUCGAAUAAUUUAUUUGAGGCAAGAAAAUUAUUAAGGCCAAUCUUAACAGAAAAUUCGAAUACAAAGCGCCAACGUGAUAUAUACAAAAAAAAUAUUCAUACAUUUAAUACUACUACUAAUAAUAAUAAUAUCGAAAAGGAACUCCCGGAUAUCAAAGAAUCGUUGGAUGAUAUAAAAGAAUACGAUGUCCCAUACCAUGUCCGUGUAUCUAUAGAUAAAAAUAUUCGUGUUGGGAAAUGGUACAAAGUGACUAUAGGAGGAUUUUUUGAAGUUGAUAAAGUUGUCUUUGCAGAUCCUGUUGUCCUUGCAUUUGAUAUUGAAACAACAAAACCUCCUUUAAAAUUCCCAGAUUCAUCAGUUGAUCAAGUUAUGAUGAUUUCGUAUAUGAUUGAUGGUGAAGGUUAUUUGAUCACUAAUAGGGAAAUUAUUUCUGAAGAUAUCGAGGAUUUUGAAUAUUCACCAAAACCAGAAUAUCAAGGUAAUUUUACAAUUUUUAAUGAAGAUGAUGAAUUAGCAUUAUUACAGCGAUUCUUUGAACAUAUUCGUGAUGUCCGUCCAACAGUCAUUGCAACAUUUAAUGGUGACUUCUUUGAUUGGCCCUUUAUAGACACCAGAGCAAAAUUUCACGGUUUAGAUAUGUUUGAUGAGAUUGGGUUUGCUGUAGAUUCCGAGGGAGAAUAUAAAUCCUCGUAUUGUUCACAUAUGGAUUGUUUUAGAUGGGUAAAGCGUGAUUCUUAUUUACCUCAAGGUUCUCAAGGUUUAAAAGCUGUGACUCAAGCAAAAUUAGGUUACAAUCCAAUUGAACUAGAUCCAGAACUAAUGACACCUUAUGCUUAUGAAAAACCACAACAUUUAUCAGAAUAUUCUGUUUCUGAUGCUGUUGCUACAUAUUAUUUAUAUAUGAAAUAUGUUCAUCCUUUUGUUUUCUCUUUGUGCACUAUUAUUCCAUUGAAUCCUGAUGAAGUUCUUCGAAAAGGUACAGGUACAUUAUGUGAGAUGUUAUUAAUGGUCCAGGCAUAUCAAUGUAACAUUCUUCUGCCGAAUAAGCACACAGACCCAAUUGAAAGAUUUUAUGAUGGUCAUUUGUUAGAAUCAGAAACUUAUGUUGGGGGGCAUGUUGAAUCUUUAGAAGCAGGUGUUUUUAGAAGUGAUAUUCCUAACGAUUUUAAAAUUGACCCCAAUAUGAUAGAUGAACUUCUUGAUGAUUUACCAAACGCAUUAAAGUUUUGCGUGGAGGUCGAAAAUAAAGCUAAGAUUGGUGAUGUUAUCAAUUUUGAUGAAAUUCAAAAGCAAGUUAAAGAUAGUCUAUUAGCUUUAAAAAAUGAUCCAAAAAGGUACGAAUUACCUUUAAUAUAUCACGUAGAUGUUGCAUCCAUGUAUCCAAAUAUUAUGAUUACAAAUAGAUUACAGCCCGAUAGUAUGAAAACUGAGAGAGAUUGUGCCAGUUGUGAUUUUAAUAGGCCAGGUAAACGUUGUGAUAGAAGGCUAAAAUGGGCAUGGAGAGGUGAAUAUUUUCCUGCAAAAAUGGAUGAGUAUAAUAUGAUUAAACGUGCUUUACAAAAUGAAGUAUUUCCAAAUAAAAAUAAAAAUUCCAAGAAGGAAUUUUUGACAUUUGAUGAAUUAAGUUACUCAGAUCAAGUGGCUCAUAUUAAAAAAAGAUUAACUGAUUAUUGUAAAAAGGUGUAUAGCAGAACAAAAGUGUCUGAAGUUGUUGAGCGUGAAGCCAUUGUUUGCCAAAGAGAAAACCCUUUCUAUGCCAAUACAGUUCGUUCUUUUCGUGAUAGGCGUUAUGAUUUUAAAGGUCUUGCAAAGACUUGGAAGCAGAAACUUGCAGCGAUCGAUAAAGAAGAUACCCAUGCUAGGGAGGAAGCGAAAAAAACCAUUGUUCUUUACGAUUCUUUGCAAUUAGCCCAUAAAGUUAUUUUAAAUUCUUUCUACGGGUACGUUAUGAGAAAGGGUUCUCGUUGGUAUUCUAUGGAAAUGGCUGGUAUCACCUGUCUAACCGGUGCUACUAUCAUUCAGAUGGCUAGAUCUGUUGUUGAAAAGGUUGGUAGACCGUUAGAACUAGAUACAGAUGGUAUCUGGUGUAUUCUUCCAAAGUCUUUCCCAGAAAAUUACUUUUUUAAAUUAGAGAAUGGUAAAAAACUAUAUAUGUCAUAUCCUUGUUCAAUGUUAAAUUAUAAAGUUCACCAGAAAUUUACUAAUCAUCAAUAUCAAACCUUAGUUGACCCAAUUAAACACAAAUAUGAGACACAUAGCGAAAAUUCUAUUUUCUUUGAAGUUGAUGGGCCAUAUAAAGCAAUAAUUUUACCAACCUCUAAAGAAGAAGGUAAAGGUAUUAAAAAAAGAUAUGCGGUUUUUAAUGACGACGGUUCAUUAGCUGAAUUGAAGGGGUUCGAACUGAAACGUCGUGGUGAAUUGCAAUUAAUUAAAAAUUUCCAAAGUGAUAUUUUUAAAGUAUUUUUAGAUGGGGAUACUUUAGAAAAUUGUUACAAGGCAGUUGCAGCUGUUGCAAAUCGUUGGUUAGAUGUUCUAGAUUCAAAAGGUCAAAUGUUAGAGGAUGAAGAUUUAAUUUCUUUGAUUUGUGAAAAUAGAAGUAUGUCUAAAACAUUGAAAGAAUAUGAAGGCCAGAAAUCUACAUCUAUUACAACAGCAAAAAGAUUAGGCCAAUUUUUAGGUGAAGAUAUGGUGAAAGAUAAAGGUUUACAAUGUAAGUAUAUUAUUAGUACUAAACCACUAAAUGCACCAGUGACAGAGAGAGCCAUUCCAGUAGCAAUUUUUUCCACAGAUAUUGAUACCAAACGGACAUUUUUGAGACGUUGGACAAUGGACCCAACCUUGGAUAACUUUGAUAUAAGAACCAUUAUUGACUGGGAGUAUUAUAGGGAGAGAGUAGCUUCAGUGGUACAAAAAAUUAUUAGUAUCCCUGCAGCUUUACAAAAUGUUUCAAACCCAGUACCAAGAGUUCAACAUCCGGAAUGGUUACAAAAGAAGAUUAGUCAACAAGAAGAUAAGUUUAAGCAAAGCUCACUCACCAAAUUUUUUUCAACCACUAAAAUUCCUCCAAAAAUAGGUCAACUUAAAGAUAUUGAAGAUUUAUUUAAGGCUACUGAUGAAAAUAACGGCAUAAAUAUAAAAAAAGUUGCAAAAAUUUCAACUAGAAAGAUGACUCCAAAGAGAAGGAGGCAGGAAGAGCUUAAAAAUGAAGAAGCUUCUUUAGUGUUACCUUCAGAAAUGCCAUCUAUUGAUGAUGACUACGAAGCUUGGCUAGGAUAUCAAAAGAUAAAAUGGAAAAUCCAGGCUAGAGAUCGUAAACGUAGAGCUCAGUUAUUUGGUGCUUCAAAUAGUGGCUCAGGUAGAACUGCACUUGGUAAUAUGGUCAGAAGACAGGCAGAAUCUUACUCUAAAUCUGUAUGGGAAAUACUUCAGUACAAGUCAUCUUCAGAGCCUGGUAUUGUCGAUGUGUACGUAACAAUUAAUGGCAAAAUACAAACAUUGAAAUUUAAAGUUCCGAAAAUAAUUUAUAUUAAAGUGAAAAACAAUCUAUUACCUCAUGGGAAAAUUAACCAUUGCAUGGUAGAAAAAUGUACCUUCGAUUUACCUAGUAAUAUGAACGUUUCAGAUUCCCAGCCCGGAGAGCUAUAUAAGUUGAUACUGCCAGAGGAAGUUUAUUUGGAUGAAAUCCAUAAUAGUACAAGCUUAUUAAAUCAUGAGAAUGUAGUAGGUGUUUUUGAAGGGACUAUCCAACCAACAGAACGUGUAACUUUAGAGCUGGGUAGUUCUGUUAUUUUUAAUUCCACCCAGAUGGGUUCCCUAGGUAAAGGUUUACAGCAAGGUUUCGACAUGAAAAAUCUUUCCAUGACAGAUCAUAGUAAAUAUCUUUCCAGAUUUUCCAGCGAAACCUGUUAUUUACUCCAUAUUGUUACAAAUAUCGGCUACGAAUUUUUCAUUUUAUACAAAUCCUGGAGUAAUACAAUAAAGGUAUUCACUUUGAAACCCUCUUCACAUGCUGCUGAAUUAUCUUCAGGAUCAUUACAGCAAGUUUUUAAAAAUUAUUUCCAAAAAAAAUAUGAAAAUAAUGAAAAAGACAUAAAACUAGUUAAAUUAUCUGAAGAUAUGAUAUUUGAACUAGAUAGUUUUACUGACAUUUCGCAGCUAUACAGAAAGUUAAACAAAAGUAUCACCAAAGUAAAGGAAGAAAAGGGUAUCCAAUUAAUUUUAUUUUUGCAAUCACCUUAUAUCCAGAAGUUAACCAGAUUCUUAAAACCACUUAAUCAAGUCCCUAUAGUUAAAGUAUCUAUGAGUGAAGUUACAUUGCCACCUUUAAACUGGCAAGGUACAAUGACUAAAAGAAUUUCUCAAUAUUUAGUGUCUCUAGGUUCAUGGUAUGCACAUUUGUUAGCUUUGUCUAAAUAUAGUAAUAUACCAUUAUGUAAUCUUCAGCUGGAUAAUAUGGGUUAUGUUAUUGAUGUUAUAUAUGCCAGAAAAUUGAAAAGAGAGGGUAUUAUUAUUUGGUGGAACGAAAAUGGGCCCUUACCAGAUUUAGGUGGUAAACAGAAAGAUUUCGAUAUUAAUACAUCUUGGACAAUGAACAAUUUGCAAUUUCCAAGAAUAAAUGUACCUGAUGUUUACGAUAAUGUUAUUUUAGAAAUUGAUAUCAAGAACUUGGUUGUAAAUACUGUUCUUGGUAUCACCUUAUUCAACGAUGCUGAGGGCAGUGAUAUGGCUAAUGCUUCUCUUAACAAUACUGAGGAUUCUGUAAAUGGCCAGUCCUCUACUUUCAUCCAAGACGCCUUUUCAGGCCCAUCUUUAUUAGUAUUAAGGAAUAUGUUAAAAGAUUGGUGGGAUGACGCGAUGAAGCAAAAUUCUAUAGCUGAUUUGUUAGUUAAUUCUCUUAUUGCUUGGGUUCAAAAUCCGGAUUCCAAAUUAUUUGAUGGCACCUUAAGAUACCAUAUUAAUAAUCUUUCUAAAAAAGCGAUGUUACAAUUGAUGAAUGAAUUUUAUUCCCUAGGUGGUUCUGUUGUUUAUGCAGACAGAAAUAAAUUAUUUAUCAAAACUACCAAAUUUGCCCCUGAAAAUUCUUAUGCAUAUGGUCAAUAUAUGAUGAAAGCUAUUAGAACCAACCCAUGUUUCAAUUACUUGGAAUUAAAUAUUGUAAGAUACUGGGAUUUAUUGAUAUGGAUGGAUAAAUACAAUUUUGGGGGUCUAGCUUGUAAUACAAUUGAAGAUCGGGAUAAACAAGAUUUUAGAGCAUAUUCUCAAUGGCAAAUCAAGAAAUUUUUACCUAUUGCCUUACAGGCUGAAUUUGAAGAUUGGAUCAUGAUUAUUUUAGACAGUAUGUUAAGAACCAAAAGAAGCUUUUUUGAAAAAGAUGUAAACACACAAAGAUUAACCCAGCUUGGCCCACAAUCUAAACAAGAUAUUGACGAAGAUUCGGAAGGCCCAUUGGCAUCAUUCACUGAUAUUUUUGCUAAAUCUUUAAUUCAAAGAGUUGGUAAGCUUUUUAGAACUCAACAAGAGUCUGCAUUGUAUUAUUCUGAGGAAUAUAAAUUUCCUGAAUUACCUGGCUCCUAUCUUGACAUGAGAAAUCCGGUGCUGGUGUUUGUUAAAUUUUUAUGUCAUAUAAUGUUAUUAUCAAAGAAAAAUACAUUAGAAGUAAGAAGUUUACGAAAGGAACUAUUGAAAACUUUUGAGGUUCGUGAAUUUCAUAAGUCUGCUGAAUUUGUCAAUCCAAGCACUAGUUUGGAAUUGGCAAACUGUCUAUGUGAGCAUUGCUACUUUACUACAGAUCUUGAUAUGUGUAAGGAAGAACCUGGUAGGUUAUUUAAUUGUGAGAGAUGUCAAAAGCCACGCAACAAAACUCAGAUUGAAGAAUAUUUGAUUCAAAAUUUAACUACUGGAAUUCAAUCCUAUUUAUCUCAAGAUUCCCGUUGUGUGAAAUGUCAUACUAUAAGAGUUGAUUAUAUGAGUCCACAUUGUAAAUGUUCUGGUAAAUGGGGAAAUGUAACUUCUCAUGAAUCAAUCUUAGAAACUAUUAAAGUAUUUGAUAAUGUUGCGACGUUCUUUGGAUUUACACAUCUUCAAGCUGCCCUUGAACAGAUGAUAUAG